AAAGGUGGUGCGUGGAGCUUGGCUCUCCAGGAGUAAUUUUUUUUGGAAGCGAUCAUAUAGCAACUAGUGACUUGAACUAUAGUGAUGGGAAGACAACCUUGUUGCGACAAACUUGGUGUGAAGAAGGGCCCUUGGACAGCUGAGGAAGACAAGAAGUUGGUCAAUUUUAUUCUCACACAUGGCCAAUGUUGCUGGCGUGCUGUACCCAAGCUCGCCGGACUCCGCCGGUGUGGCAAGAGCUGCCGUCUUCGCUGGACUAAUUACCUCCGGCCUGACUUGAAGAGAGGCCUUCUUAAUGAGGAUGAGGAGAAACUUGUCAUUGAUCUCCAUGCCCGCCUUGGCAAUAGGUGGUCCAAAAUCGCUGCAAGAUUGCCGGGAAGAACAGAUAAUGAGAUCAAGAAUCAUUGGAAUACUCACAUCAAGAAAAAGCUUAUUAAGAUGGGAAUUGAUCCUGUUACACAUGGGUCUCUCAGUAAACAAGUGACCCCAAUAGAAAGUACAGUAUCUUGUCACACUAAUUAUGAUCAACCCAUUAUUAAUGCUGAUAAUCAGCAGGUUCUUCCCAAAAUUUGCGCCAAUGCCUCCUCUCGUACUGAUAAUUCAAGCACUCCGACUACACCGACAGAAAAUUCCUCAGUGGAUGUAUGCGUAGGGUCAUCAGAACCUAAUAAAGACAAUGAUCCAACAAUGAGUUUCAUAUGGUCAGAUGCAUUUCUUGAUGACUCAUCUUGGAACUUCCCAGCCACGAGAGACGAUUAUAGUGAAUUUGGGGUAUCUAAUUCUUCAUCAGAGGACAGUGACUCUACAUGGUUUUUAGACUGUAAGGAUCUUGGAGAUGAAUUCUUUGGGCUUAGUUGCUUCAGUGACAUGGACUUGAGUAUCCUAGACAUGGGUGGCAAGCAUUAAAAUGCACUGCCUCGUAGAGUGAUAACAAGGUAUAUCUAAGUAACAAGGAUGGAAGCACAAGGAUUACAUAUUGAAGGCUCAAGCUUCCUGAAUUUUAGUUUCUAUAUAGUCUUGCACUUAGUUUUUUCUUUUUUUCAUCCCACCAUUCAAAUCUUCGAAAAGAACAAGGGAAAGGAAGAUAUUGAAAAUGUUUAAUAAUGAUUUUCCUUUCCUUUAUCCAAUUAAUUCCAAUAAGAGUUUCAAGACCCUUAUAACAUUAGAAAACUCCCGAAACUUCAGUUACCUAGUUCCUUCUGAGGAAGGUUGAUGGAUUGGCGCUGUGUCAUGUAACCCAAUAUUACACUAACAUACUUGUGGCUACAGCUUUUACCAUGAAUGGUUGUAUUUUAAGACAACAUUAUGUGUACUAAAUCUAGCAUGUAAUAGCUGACUGAUUGGAGCCAGAAACUUCAUGGCUGCCACUUGUAAUUGCAUAUGAUAAAAGAGAUAUAUGGGAGGUUGAAGAAGAA